ACCCAUUUUUGCAAAUUUUAUCUAUGCACUUAAUAAUAACACUUAAAAAUUGUUUUGGUAAAAAUAGAUAUGGUAGCCGUAUUCUGACCCUGAUAAGAACUUUUAGGAAGUUAAUGCCCCAAGCGUAAUUGAGGUAGGGUUAAUAUGUGUUGUUUUUUCUUACAAUUUUUAAAAUAAUGGCUUUUGGCUGCUGACGUAUAUGUUUUGGUCCAAAAGUUGAUAACAUUGGAGUAAUGGAAAACUAUUUAUCAAGAUUUGUACAUUCCAGACUUUUACAUUCCACAGGUACAAAUUUCGAUAACCGUAAAACCCUGGAUUCAAGAUUUGUAUUUUCAAGGAUUGUACGUUCCACAUUUAUACAUUCCAGAUUUGUACGCGCUUAUCACACAGCCUAAGCCUAAACAUUAUUUCCAAUAAAUGUUGAAUCAAUUUAAGUUGCACAACAUGUUGACGCCACUAUUUUUCACGGUCGGUUCUCAUAAUUUGCAGAUACUAUCUAUAGCCGUGAUUUAUAGUUAACUUACUGUCUCCUAUCCCAAUUAAUCAUACAUAAUGGUAUUAUCUAUACAAUUAACUUCAUCCAUUUUUAUCAAAAUCUUGGAAUAAACAAUAUCUACAAUUAUCGUAAUCAUGAUAAGCACAGGUAAGAUGAAACUGGUUUCAUUUUAAUGAUACCCGUUUAAUUUAUUAUAAUUUUUUGUGUUGAUAAAAAUUAAAUAACUACUUUUGAAAUUCAAAGUUGAAUUUCUUUACUGUUCUGUGUUUUGAACUCACUAUUCUUUCUUACGUUUUAUUUGACAAAUUUUGUAUUACAUUUCAAAUUAAAACCAUGAAUAAUUUAGGCGGCGAAGUUACUAUAAAAGUCAAAGUAAGUGUUUUUACAUAGAUUUUUUAAAAAGAAAUAUUAUCUUUACGUUUAGACAUUUUUCUUCCUAAUAUUACUGAUUAUUAAACUGGACUGCAUUUUAUUUGUCGAAAUAAUUAGUUAUACAACUGAUCCAUGAAGUAUGCUCAUAACAUUUUUAGGAGUAAAUAAUGCAUAUAUUCAAAUAUAUGCACAAUAUUUUCAUAUAGGUGCUUAGAUAUUUCACAACAUUUAAGGAGUAUUUUGCCAACUUUUGGCAAUACCAACUUUAUUUUUUAAUGAAAACCUGUAUUAAAAAUCAUAUAAAUAGAUAGAGUAAUAGUUAUAAUAAAUUUUGGUGUUGACAUUUUUCAUUUUUGUCACUGUUAACGAGAUAAACCAUUUUAAAGUGUAGGCGGGGAAUGGUUGUGGAACAUUAUUCAAACACCAGGUGCUUUGCCACUACAAAAAUUAAUAUGCUUCACUUCCCCACCUGCCUAUACCUACCUAAAAGUUGAAUUUUCUCGUGAACGAGAGGACUGAAAUCAAAAAUGUCAACACCUAAAUUUAUUUUAACCAUUAGUCCAUCUAUUUAUGACAAUUUUGGAACUCUCGCAGUAUUUUAUUUACACUGAAAAUGUAUCUACUACAACCGCAAUCUACUCCAAUCCCAUUCGUUAUUUUUUUUCUUUUACCUUGGAAAACUACUUUUUUAACUCUUCUUAUAAUUGUUGCAACAAAAUGUUACAGAAAAAAAAAAACUGAAAGAGAUGGAGUAGUUUUAAUAUUCCGUAUCGGCAGACUAUAUAAUAUAUACUGUAUAUUGGUGUAUUAAAGGCUAAAUACAUUUGAUGUAAAGGAUAUAUUCUAAAGUCAGGUUUGUCUGGUAACAUAUAUAUAACUAUGCCUAUGACAUAAGAGCACACCAUCAAUGUUCGACCCACAUUUAUCGUCCGGGUCGUAGAUUACAUAUUAUGCGAUCAACAUUCAUGUAGAUAACAUAUGUCUUAAAUUCCAAUUUUUAAUAUAGGUUCUCAUUUGAAAAAAAAACAAAUUUGGUAUUUCCAACAGGAUAUUCCUUAAAUAUUGCGAAAAAAGUAUAUGAAAAUAUCGUUUCUAACUGCACGUAAAAAUUCCAAAAAUCAGAAUUUGAAUGCUUGGAUAUUUUAGUUCUAAAAGUGGGGUGAGCAUAUUUAAUUAAUCACCCCAUAUAUAGUAUUGUUAACUAUUUAUUUUCAUUGAAAUUAUUUAAAAAAGUAUGAGCAAUAAAAUACAAUUGAUUUAUAAAAAAGCGUAUGAAUGUUUUAUAUAUAUUUUCUAUGCUGUUUAAGACUUAGGGGUCCUAUUUUCAAGUAAAUCAAAAACAUUGAUCUUAAAAAUAAUCAAAAUCAAUUAAGUUUAAUUAAGUUAUUCUUAGAAUUAAAUGUAAAGUAAUAAAAGUAAUUUAUGUAAUUGUAUAAUAUGUUAUAGGAAGCCAUACGAACUAAGCUUAAAGAAAUGAAUGCAAAUAGUAGUAAGUAAUAAUUUGUAAAAAAAUAAUGUACACAUUUAUACAUAUUAUGUAAUUAAAUAAUUAGUAAGUACUGAGCAUCUAGGUAUUUUAUUAUUUGAAGCAAAAGCAUUAUACCUAGUUGAUAUAUUAGUUGAGAAUUAUUCCCAGUGAUGUAUCCAGAAUUUUUUUUUAGGGGGGGGAAGUUGAAAAAAAUGUAACAAAUAAAAUUGUUUUGAGUUUUGUGUGUAUUAUUAUCAUACAUUAAACAUUUUAUUACUAUUUUACAGCACUAAAAAGUUAAAUAUUUAUUGUUUUUAAAAAUUAUAAAUAUAAAUUCAUUUUUUGUUUUGAUGUUUUAGCAAGUUUAUCUAUACCAUCAUUGAUCUUCGUUGAUACCGCGAUAAAUAUAUUUUAGUAAGGCUAAACCAUUUAAACAUAUCUGUCCCGAGGAAUUUUUCAAAUCACAGAGUGUUGAAAACAAUCAUUCUCCCGUUUCAGUAGACACUGGAAGUGUUAUGAAUAUAUAUUUGAAGAAGUUUAGAUAUUACUGGAUAAACAUCUGGAUUAGUUUGGAAGUAUACUUGAAUAGCAUUUUUGUUCUUGAUUUCUUGAGUUCGGAAGAUAUCAAAUUUGAAUAUUUAGUGUUCCACAAAUCUAAUUCUCCAUUUAAUAUAUGAUUAUUUAAAUUUUAAUUGUUAUAUCACCAAUUAUAUCUUGAUAUGUUUCUACUAACUGUUUGAAUUUACCUUUAAUAUCUUCAGAUAUUUUCAUUUCUAUCUUAGGUAAAAUGCAACCAAAAUUAUUCAAAACAAUUUUGUACAAUAUGAAUAUUUCCUUUAAUUGGUCUAAAAACUUAUCUUUAAAAGGUAUGAAUACUUAAAAAAAAUAUUUUGGUUCAUCUGAUUUAGAUUGACGUGAAAAACUAAUGGUAAUAUCACUAUUUUCUAGAAUAUCUUUAAUAUUAUUUUGAACAUUAGCAGCUUCUAAUACAGUUUUUAAAUAAAGAUUUACUGUUUGAAGAUAUCGAUUAAGUGGAAAACUUAUGGAAAGUAUUUUCAUUAAAAUAGAUAAAGUUAUUUGAAAUUUUAAUUUGUAUCACAGAAAGAAAAUGACUUGUAGAACUAGAAGUGUCAAAAUCUGUUCAAAGUGUAAUUCUAUCUAGUGUAUGUAAAAUGUCUGGUUGAAGUUCUUCAAAUAAUAUAAUUGCAUCAUAGCGAUCGACCUAUUGAGUUGCACAUAGAUUUUUUAGUUUAGAAUCUAACCUUCCUUACUACAUAGUUUAAAAAUUUAUAUUGAAUAUUAGGAUGUUUGACUAAUAUCCUACUGUUAAUUGAUCUAAAAUGUCACAUUCACCGCAAAAGUGACUAUUUUCCUUCCCUUUAAAUGGUUAUCGGUAUUGUUUAUAUAUAUAAGCAUAUAUACACAAUAUAUAUUUAAGCAUAUAUUUUCCUUUCAGAUCAUAAGCAUCACACAAAUAUUCAAUUUCUCUCUAAAUUUUUAUCCAACCAAAUAGACUUCCCUACCUUACUUAGUGAAAUAAUCUUCUGUGUAUUCCCAUGUCAUACAUGUUCUUUUAUUACCUUUUCAACCCCAAGUAUACUCUUUAUUUCUUUCAAAAUGCCCCUAAUGGUACUCCUUCACUGUUCUGCUAAAACCGACCCUACUUUUCAAUGUUAAAAUUAUAUAAUUAUUUAAAUUAUUUUUAUAUGUAUUUUGCAUUUGUAAUUGGACUUGUCCAUUUGAAAUAAAAACAAAAUAGUCAAUGGUAUCGGAUAUUAAAUAAGUGUAAAAAUCAAAUCAUUCAAGUGGUUAUAAAAUGAUAAAAAUUAAUUUUUAAAUUUAACUUAAUAAAGAGAAAAUUUGGAAAAUCUGUUCUGACCUUCUUAGUAUAGAAGUGUUUAGUUUUAAGUUGAUAUAUUAUUCAUACUAUCUCUAGACAAAUUAUAUAUUUUUAACAGUAAGUAACAGAUUUAUGGGAUCUAUGGAGUCUGGACUCUCCAGACACUGAUAUAAUUUCAAUAAAAUCAUUUUAUUACAAAUUUAGUACAUGAUUUUCAAUAUUUGAAUGAUGGCGUAUAUACAAUUAACUUUUUUGUGGGUGUGGUGUGGGGGUUAUAUUUAGUGUACAUUGUACAGGGUAAUAAAUCUUCUUUAAGACCAUUCAGUUUUAUAAUUUUCAUUGAUUUAUUUUUAUAUGAUUUAAAGAAACUAUAAUAGGUACUACACUUUUACCAAAAUAUGUAUUUUUGACUUCAUAUUUGGCAACAAAAUAUUAUUUUGAAAAUGAUUAUGUAAAUCUUUAGUUUAGUUAAUACCUGUAUUUUUUACAUUUUCCCGUUUUUUUUUUUUUUUUUUGGGGGGGGGGGUUUGGUUUUACCAUUUGAUGAGAAAACUCUUAAGAAAAUCAAAAAAUAACCUCCCUAAGGUACCUUCCUACACCGAUUUCCUUUCAGAAAAGUUGUUACACAUAAAAAUCGAAGCAAGUCCACUGGUAAAAAAGUUAUCCACAGAAAAAAAAAAUAAACAUCAUUGUAAAACCAUAAGCUUCUUCGCUCUACUUAGAGUCUAAAAAUCACAGAGAUAAAUAAUUAAAGAAUUUAAGUAGUGAUAAAUAAUAAUUAUAAAAGUAUAUUUGUGUAAAAACAAAACAAUAUUAUUAUUAUUAUUAUUAUUGGUUAUUAGGAAUUUAUUUAUUUUAGAAUUUUCAUCAGUGAUAGGUUAGGUUAUGGAAUCCUAAAUAAAAUAAUCUAGUUAAGAAUCUGGAAAAAUAUCCAACAUCGCUAUCUAUAUUGAUGUCUCAUAAGCUUGGUCGAACUCCACCUUGGAAGCCAUAGCCACAAAAUUAGGCCUUGAAUCGCUAGCUUCCAGGUGGUUGCUCAGUGAUAUAGCUUUCAUACAUAAAUUAUUUAAUAAUAAAAUACUGUGUCCAAAUGAGUUCCACCUAUUAGAUUUAUGCAAUACUGUGCCAAAUUUUGAUUUAUUCAUAGAUUCACGUAUUAAAUUUAAAAUAAUUCUAUUGAAUUUAAAUUGAAUUAUUAAUUGUGUAUAACCUAACAGUUAAAUUCAUAUAGUGUAUAUAAACAUCACUAACUAAAUUCUAUGCUGUAAUAUCUUUUUGUUAACUGUACUAAUUAUUCCUUUGGAAUGUUAAUUAAUAAAUAAUAAUAAUAAAAUAAUAUACACAUGACUCCAUGAUAAAUUACAAUAUUAAUUUUGAUAGCUUGGUAAUACAUUAAUGCAUUAAAUUAUAGAAAAUAGUUCAGUCAGAUGGCUAGCGAUCACAUAUUUGUCGUCAGGAAUUCCGCAAUGACGGUCACAGGGUAUUGAUAUGGUAAUCAUACAUUUGUGUUUUUAUAAUUUUAUAUGUACAGUAAUAGUCACUAUAUUAUGUAAUAAUGUAUGAAAAAAAUAUUUAUUAAUGAAUUUUUUUUGGUUAUAAAAAACCCCCUUCCUACCUAUGUAUCUUUGUUUUUAAUAACUCGACCUACCAAUUAAUAUUUUUAUUUUGUUGGUUUCUUUUAAAUUAUUAAAAUAUAAUGUUCUAGGUGAUGAAAUAAUAGAUUAUAUCAUGCUGUUAGUUACAACUAAAAAAUCUACUACAGAGUUGGUAAAAAGUAUCGAUUUUUUGAUGGAAAAUAAUACACCUAUUUUUGUGAAAUGGUUAUCGACGGUAAUAAAAAAAUUGCAGCAAGUUACUGUAUCUACUACAGAAAUAGGUAAUAAAUUAUUUUUAGCAAUUAAAUGUUUUUAAACAGAAAUGUUAAAAUAUAAAGAUUCUUUUCUGGUACAUUAAAAUAUAAAGUUUUUACAAAAUAUGUUUUUUUCUUUUGUUAUUAUUUAAAUCUUUUAAUUUUUAUCAAAGGUUUGGUAAUAAUAAGUGCAUUUUCCGUAUUAGUAAUCAUUGAUUAUACAAUAUCUAAUCUAUACUAAAAAUUAAAUUUAUGUAAUGAGAAUAAUAUUUACUUUUUACAGAAGAUCUUCAGACGCCUAAACAAAAUACAAGUAUAAUACCUCAUAAAAAUGGUCAGACUGAUGAUAUUUUAAUUUGUGAAGUUCCCAAUGAGAAGUUGAAAAUUUCUGAUGAAGAGAAAGAAGAACUUAAGUUAGAUUUCCCUGUUGGUAAUGAGAACAUACAAAUAUUCAAUAGAGAAAAUAUGAUUAUAAUUGAUUCUUUAUUUAAUAUUAAUAUAUUAUUAUAUUAUUAAUAUAUUAUUAAUAUAUUUUUAUUAUAUAAUUUAUAUUUAAUAACAUAUAAUAAAUAAAUUCUGAUUUAAUAAUUAUUGAAAUAUACAAAUAAGUUAUCAAUAGUCAGUGGCAUACAGAGUUAAAUAUGUAAUAAUUAAUUAAUAUAUUUUUUAUAAAAAUAGUUUCAAUUUUAAUCAAUUAACUUUUUUUAUUAUUUAUGUUAAUUGUGUUUUUAUCCAAUUUGAAUAUUAAACAUUAGUAUAACUUGUUUUAGAAGAAGAAAAUGGUGCACAGCAAUUAAACGAAUCCAAGUUAAUAAAGUAUCAUGAAGAUGAUAUUUCACCAUUGCUAAACAAAUUAAACAAACCGAAACAAAAUAUUUGUUCUUUUCCGAAAAAAGAUAUUAAAACUUUAAAUAAUAUACAGACAAAUAAAAAAACUAUUUCUAACACUGAACCAAUAAAGAUUAGUUGGAAUAACAAUAAAGAAAUUAACUCUAAAACAAAAAGACCGAGAAUAACAAUAAAGAGUGAUGACGAAGAUGACAAAAGUGUUAGACUAAAAAUUCCAAUAACUAUGAAAGAAACUACUAAACCAAUCACAAAAGGUCUACCAAAGAAAAAUAAAAAGUCCACGUCUCAAAUCAUAGUUAAACCAUUAAAAACUAAAGUAAGUUUUAAUACAUAUUAUAUUAUAUUAAUGAAGCUUGAUUAAAUUGUUUUCAGUGACAAUCAAAUUAAUAUAAAUAAUGUUUAUAAAGGUUGUCAUAUACCAGUGAGCAUUAUAGUUAUAUGUUAUAAAUAACUAGCAGAUAACAAACCUGUAAAUGUAUGUAGUAAAAGUGUAAAAGAGAUCUGACAGAGAGUGACAGUGUUGGAUAAAAACAAAAAAUAAAUAUGGCAACAUUAAAAAUUCUUCUUUUUCUCCUCCUUCAUCUCAAAUAUUUAGGAUCUGUCGCCCUUCAUCAAAAACUUCCACUUGAUCUGAUCUCCCAUUUGUUAGUAUUUGUCUCUAAAUGUCAAAGAAAUCUUUAAAACUACUAUAGUUUUAUAUUUUUUAGUAAGGUAUUAUUAUUUUUUAAAUUAUAUUGUAAAAAUCAAUUCCAGAAAUUGUAUUAAUAUGGUUUAUCUAUUAUAUUAUGCUUAAUAUAACAUAAUAUUUGAUAAUAUUUUAAUAUUUGGUAAAUCUAAUCUAAAAUAAUAAUUUUUAAUUUUCCUUCAAAUAUUAUUUAUUUUAAACUAAUAUAAUAUUUGUUGUUUUUUUUUUUAAAUUUUAGGCUUGUUUAGUAUACUUUUAUAUCUUGUAAAAAUCAUAAAUAAAUUGUAUUAGAUAUGUUUAUUAAAAUAUAAUUUUUUUUAAAUAAUAAUUAAAAAGGUUCAAUUAUAUUUAAUAGAUACUGAAAUACGUGACUAAAAUAUGUGUAAUCUAUACAGUGGUGAAUAGUGUUUCCCUAAUUCAAUUGUUUAUUUCUAGAAAUAUAUAAAAUGGGUGAGGGUGUGUGGUAAUUAAGAGUAAUUUUUUCAGUACUUUGCUUAGGGCUUGAAAUAUACUCACGACACCACUGAAUGUGUGUAUUGAUUAUUUGCUGCAGCUAGAUAUUUUGUGCAAUAGCUGUCAUUUCAGUAGCAUAUUAAGUAUCUACCUUAUCUAAUAUCUUUCAAUGUAUAUGUAAAAUAUUGUAAUUGGUUUAAUAUUUAUUGUUUAAAAUUAAUUUGUAAGUAUAUUUGUACUUAGUUUAAACCAAUUAUGCCUUUGUUAUUUUAAUGUUUUUCAAUUGUAUUUAGCAAAAUAUACACGAGGCUGAAAAGAAGUUAUUUACACAUGAUUUUGGUGGGCAGCGUAUAGAUCAUCAACGUGGAGCUUUAGCUUUAGAUAUUGCAUUCAAGUAUAUACAGCAACAAAUCGGUGCAUCAGAUAGAGAAAUUGAAGUUAUAAAAAAAUGGAGAGAUUAUGCUGUAGAUAUGUUACGUUCUGCCAAGAAAGUGUAAUAAAUUGUUAAUUUGUUAAAAUGUAUACAAGUUUGUGAUAAAGAAUGAUUUGUAUUACAUUGUCAAAGUCCUACUUUAUAUUAUGUUCAAUUUAUUUUAAAACUAUUGUAAUUUAAGUUAAUUUUUGUAACUUAAUCAUCCUACUCGCUUCCCCCUAAAAAAAAAAAAUGUAUAAAAUUUAAGUUAGAAGGCUAUUAAAAGAUUAGGUACCUAUAAAUUAUGUUUUAUAUAUUCAAACAUGUUUAAUUGUUUAAGAUGAUAUUGUAUUGUAUAUAUUUUAUGUUAACAAAUAUCCCUUAAUUAUAUUAAGAAUAUUUUUAUGGUUAAUAUCAAUAAAUC